AUGGCCACAAAUUAUUCCAUUUCAUCAAUACCUAAUUGGGCUUUAAAUGCAAUGUCUUGUGGUUCUAACGACUCAUUUCUUUUAGUAAAUAUUUUUCCAAUUGGUAUAGCUGAUAAUUUUUUUUCAAAAUUACGUGAUGAAGUAAACUGGAAUGAAAUGAAACAGAAAGGUGGACGUGUGCCACGUGAUAUCUCUAUUCAAGGUGCCCUACAUAUUGAAGAUAAAGAUGAAUAUGAACCACUUUAUCGUCAUCCAGCCGAUGAGCAACCUGAACUUGUACCGUGGACGCCAACAGCGUUAAUUAUAAAACAAAGAAUUGAAGAAAUUAUGGAGCAAAACUUAAAUCAUGCUUUAGUACAAUAUUAUCGCAAUGGAAAAGAUUUUAUUGGUGAACAUUCUGAUAAAACAUUAGAUGUAUUAAUUGAUUCAAAUAUACUUAAUUAUAGUUUAGGUGCCACUCGAACUAUGAUUCUCAAACAUAAAACUCAAAGUGGCUUAAAACAACGUUUUAAAUUACCUCAUAAUUCAUUAUUUGUAUUAGGUUGGAGAACCAAUCGUGAAUGGUUUCAUUCAAUUAAACAAGAUAAUCGAUUAGAUAUGGAUAAAGAUACGGAUGAAUUAGCUUUUUCUAGUCAACGUAUAUCAUUAACAUUUCGCACGAUUGCUACUUUUCGUAAUCGUCGAACAGGAAAAUUAUAUGGACAAGGUGCACGUUGUAAAACAAAACAUCAAUUAGAAGAAGAAGAAGAAGAAGAAGAAUUAGAAUUUGAUCAUGACGAAGAAAAUAUGUUACAUGCAUUUAGUGCUGAAAAUAAGCAAUCGUCUGAUUUUGAUUGGAAUCAUUAUUAUGGAAAUGGAUUUAAUGCAAUAAAUUUUAAAGUUUUAAACUCUGUUUUUUUAAUGAAGAAAAAAAACUGA